AUGGCACAGUUCGACCCGUCGUCUGCCGAACGUGCUCGCACGGGAAUUGCGAACUAUGAGAGAACAAUUCAAGCAUUGGACAGCAGAUCUGCCUCCCCAGUACUGACAACAUUCCCGCAAAAGACAGGCGACUCAAACAAGUCCAGUCACAAAUACUCGAACCGAAGAGAACUUAGUGACAGAAUACAAAAGCGAGUGCGAUUUGACCUGGUUUCGGAAGACAAGUCUAGAAGCGUUGCACAUUCCAACAGAUCUGCACAGUCAAAAUCUAGUACCAGUCGAUACGUGCCCUCAUCCUCCCUGACUUUACAGCCCAGCCAUGCUAUUCUACAACGCAGACUGGGCAGAUGCAGAAGGUUACUCAGGAGAGACGCCAAAUGGGACGACCAAGAAAGGAAUGGCAGUGACAGAAAAUGUACUGCCAAGGGCAUUGAAGAUUUCAACAGUGAUAUUCAAGACCUUAAAAGAGAGAUGGAAAUCGUCAAAGAGGGACUUGAAAUCAAUCAAAGUGUGUAA